AUGGGGUCAAUGCCUGUUACUCCCCAGGUCAUAUUCAUCAGAACACUGCUGUGCUGCCUCACUGUUCUCACUGUGAUGCUCAAUUUGUUGGUCAUCAUCUCCAUCUCCCAUUUCAGGCAGCUCCACACCCCCACCAAUCUCAUCCUCCUCUCUCUGGCUGUGUCUGACUUGUUUGUGGGCCUCGCAGUGAUGCCACCCACAAUCAUCAGCCUGCAGUCCUGUGGGUUUUUGGGUAAAAUCACAUGUGCUUUUUUGUACCUGUUGGGCUUCACCCUCACCUCUGCUUCUGUUGGGAACAUGGUGCUCAUAUCAGUGGACCGUUAUGUGGCUAUUUGUGACCCUCUGCGCUAUUCCUCCAUGAUAACACUAAGCAGAAAAUCUGAGAUGAGGGCUGCUAGAACUCUAGGUAUUACUCUUCUUGUGUUUAUACUUUGUCUCUGUCCAUACUACAUUAAUUUUCUAGCAGGACAGAGCACCACAGGUAGUGUAAUUUCAUCAGCUCAGAACUGGCUGUUCUAUUGUAACUCCAUGUUUAAUCCUCUGAUCUAUGCCCUUUUCUACCCCUGGUUUAGAAAAGCGGUUAAAGUCAUUGUCAGCCUUCAGAUACUGCAGGAAGGUUCCCGUGAGGCCAAGAUGAUGUAG